AUGGGGCUCUUACGCAAUCUUUGCACCCUUCUUAACGGCAUCGUCCACGAGUUCUGCAACUUUGCUGGCAGCGGCCUCGUGGAUAAGGGGGCCAUGAGUUGUCUCUGGGUCCGCGCCAUUUCCAACCUUGAAUGUCCGAACAACCUCGACAAGUCUUUUGAUGAACUCAUCAUAGAUACCAUCUUGAACAAAAAUACGGUUGGCGCAUACGCAUGUCUGGCCCGUGCCCUUGAAUUUGCUAGCGACGACACCCUUGACAGCAAGGUCGAGAUCAGCAUCGUUGAAUACCAUGACGGGAGCAUUACCGCCCAACUCCAGGCUGAGCUUCUUGAUGGUGUCGCUAGACUGCUUCAUCAAUAG